CGCUCUUUGAUCCGUGUGCUCUUACGCUCCCUGACUUAGUUCCCUCUACUCGCCGUUUGUCAUCCCCGCGCCCCGGGACUUCUGUGCCGUGGGCUGCGUCAUUCGCUCGGAAAGGAGCCGGUCAUGGGAAGGAUUAUAGAGGGGUCGUCCACUCCUUCCCCUCAGCAGUCGACGGACAGUGGACCAGGAUCGACAGGCCUUUCCAGAGAUAAUCACUCCAUAUGGGUUCAGCAUCAACACCCCCCUUGCCUGAGUGCUGGGGACACCGAGGGGCGUCUGCGGCCUUCCCAGAGAAUACGCUGGCGAGCUUCGAGGCGGCGAUAAGAGAUGGUGUCGAAGUGGUUGAGACAGAUGUGCAUGUAUCUGCGGACGGAGUCUUGAUCAUGUUUCACGAUCCCGACUUGCGGAGGACGACCGGGUCGAUAGGCAAGAUCAAGGAGCGCAACUGGUAUGGGCCAGACGGCAUGGAGCAUCUACGCACCCUCAAGCAGCCCGCGCAAUCCAUACCCACCUUCGCUGAAACAAUCGCCUUGUUCAUGCAGCCCGAGAACCGACACGUCAAGCUCAACGUCGACGUUAAAAUCUGGGCCGACCCCGAGCGCGUCUUCUCCCUUAUGCACGACACCCUCGCCUCGCAGCUACCUGAUUGGGAGACCGAGCUCGCGCCGCGCAUCAUUCUCGGCUUGUGGCAUCCCAAGUUUUUGCCUUACGCAAAGAAAUACCUCCCCUCGUGCGCGCGCUUGCAUAUCGGAGCGAGCACAUCAAUCGCGCGGAAGUACUUCUGGGACGAGGUGGAUGUGUUUUCCAUCAACUAUGGUGUGCUGGCUACGGUACAAGGUCGGGCAUUCAGGAGGGACUGUCUCGCGGCGGGAAAGUCGUUCCUCGUUUGGACCGUGAACGAUCCCAGACACAUGCUAGAAGCUACGAAAUGGGGAGCAAAGGCGGUUCUGACCGACUACCCCGAGCGCUGGCUGCGGUUACGAGAAGAGAUGUCGCGUCCAGGUGCUCGCGACACGAUGCUAGCGAACAACGGCUUCCUGCAUAUGUGGACGACGCCCCUCCUGUGGGUGCCCGCUGUGCCAGGGAUAGACGUGCUUGUUCGGUACAUGAUUCAGAAGAACGCGGGUUCGCUCGAUGAGGUGUCGGCAUUGGCGUCGGCAAAGGAUGAUGCGGCAGCACCAGUGGCGUGAGCGCUCAUAAGGCAUCAUAUAUCAUAGAUGUGUUUCAUUGAUUUAUACCCAUGUAUGCUCACGAUUUUGUAUUGAUCGUGUUCUAGAAUCAGGUAUUGUCUGAUUGUAAAGCCG